GCCGUCGUCCUUGCCCUGAGGAGAGGUGGCGGCCGCGGGUCCGGUCUUGUUCAGUGCGGCCCGGUGGGCGCCGCCGCCGCCGCCAUCGCCGCCAUGUUGUGCCACGGGGAGGGCCUGCUGAGCUCCCUCACGGCGCUGCUGGGAGCGGCGCUGGCGCUGAGCCGCAGCCCGGCGCUGGCCUGCCUGCUGACGGCCGGCCUCUACCUGGUGCUUCACCUCUUCAGCCUGGAGCCCGCCGCGCCUCAGAGCGCCCAGCGCGUCCUGCGGCCCCGCGGCACCGCCGCGCGCAUCGCCCACCGCGGCGGCGCGCACGACGCGCCCGAGAACACGCUGGCGGCCAUCCGACAGGCAGCUGAGAAUGGAGCAACGGGUGUUGAGCUGGAUCUUGAAUUUACUGCAGAUGGUGUUCCCAUUCUAAUGCAUGAUGAAACAGUAGAAAGGACAACUGAUGGGUCUGGAAGAUUGUGUGACAUGACUUUUGAUGAAAUUAGGAAGCUUAAUCCAUCUGCAAAACAUAGGCUACGGAGCAAAUUCCAAGGUGAAAAGGUGCCAACUCUGAGAGAAGCUGUUGUGGAGUCUAUGCAUCACAAUCUCAUUAUCUACUUUGAUGUCAAAGGCCAUGCAAAUCAGGCCGUUGACGCCCUGAAACAACUCUACCUGGAAUUUCCACGUUUGUAUAACAGCAGCAUAGUCUGCUCUUUCAUGCCAGAUGUUGUUUAUAAGAUGAGACAAGCUGACAGAAAUGUUGUAACAGCACUAACACACAGGCCUUGGCAGAUGAGCCAUUUUGGAGAUGGGACACCCCGUUUCAAUUCCUCCUGGAAACAUUACUUGUAUAUGAUGAUGGAUGUCGUUCUGGAUUGGAGCCUACACAGUUUCUUGUGGCGACUGUGUGGGGUUUCAGCUUUCCUCAUACAGAAGAAUUUUGUUUCUCAGGACUACGUGAGGCACUGGUCUUCCAAAGGAAUUCAAGUGGUUGCCUGGACAGUGAACACAUUUGCAGAAAAAAGCUACUAUGAAAGCAUCCUUGAAUCCAGCUAUAUCACCGACAGCUUGGUGGAAGACUGCGAUCCCCAUUACUAAACCUUGAGCUUUGUAGACACCCCCCAACUCGCUAAACAAGCGAUCUCACUUGGGCAGGGCUGAAUUCACCAUCGAGAGGGUAUCCAGUAGUGUGGACAGGGCUGCUGACAAUAGUUCUGGGAAAAGGAAGAGCAGUAGUUUACUUCUGUGUGGUCGGAUUUCAAAUGCUGAAAACCCCUCAGCUGCAACACUGGACAAAGCUGAGGUGCAGCCAUUCGCAGGGUGAGUAAAUGGCACCGUAACAUAAAAGGAGCAGAUGUGACAAGCUCAUGGGGCAAUACCCCAUGGCUGCUUUGUAAUUCUCAGACUAUUCCUUUGCUUUGUUUGAAUCUUGAUUAUGAAGUCGUAUCAACAAUUUUUGGUGGCAAAACUUAAAAUCUUACCUUAAUUUUAGUAGUUUAAGCAGUCUGUUCUACAACUGUGUAAUAAUUUAAGGUUGACUUAUGGCACCUUAAAAACUUCUACAUUACGUUCUUAAAAUGGAACCUGAAAAUAAUGGUGCCAAAAUACAGGGUGAGUAAAUUUCCCUCCUAGUGCAUGGAAAGACGGCUCUGCUGCACCUUGACAAGGAGAAGAGCCAGCUUUCCAGGGUUCAGCGUGAAGGCUAUGGGAAUUAAUGAAUAAAACUUGAGUAUCUUCUUAUCUUCCAGACUUAUUAAAAGAACCGAGGGAGGAUAGAAGAUUAUUUCUUCUAAUGACACAGCACAUGAAUGUAUUUAUUUUUAAAAGCAAGUUGUAUAUUGAGUGCUGGCAGUGGUAGAACAAAUAGAGGUGAAAUGGCUUUUUACUUUGUUUAUUGUUUGCAUAACUGAAGGGCACUCACAAGGAUACGUGGAAAACUAAUCCAGAUUGAACUUGAAAUCAAGAGGGCCUGCAGUUGCAUUCAAGAAUCAGAUGAUAGCUCACAGUAGGGUGUUCUUGACCAGCUGUGCAGCAGCAGGUUGGUAUAAAACUUUCUCCAAGGGGCUCUGGGUUUUUUGCUUGUGCCCCAAGCUAAAUGUAAGCACAAAGAAACAAGAGUAAGGAGGGAGAUUUUCCUGUCAGGAUGAAUGACAAGAGGCUCUCCCGUUCAUGUCACUCAUCUGCCCUCUGCUGCAGAACCGACAAACCUCAGCCUCCUGGUGCCCACCGCACAGCACAUGUAUGUCACCUUUCCUGCUGUGCUCUGCAGCUGCUCCCUGAGCAGCGCUGGAGGAGGCAAUGACCUGUGCUCUCAGGAGUCCGUGUUUGUUGCUGAGCCCACAGUCAAUAUUCACAGCCAGACUCUACAGGGAUACACCCAGAAAAACAUAAUAAAAUUGAAUCUGUGGUCUCACAUCGUGUGUAAAGUUUGUCCUUUUUUCUGUCCCUUUGGUGGCUGAUUUUGGGUUGUCUUUAACUGAAAUUACGAGCACGAGGAAAAGAUCUGUUUCUUUCCUGAGGCAUUUUUAUGUCUAAAGCAACAAGGGAGGAAUAAACCAGGUGUUAGUAGAAAAUGGGCUAAAAAAAAGAAAGUAAGUUAUUGUGGCAAAGUUAUGGCUCUGAAUAAAAAGAAACUGCAUCAAAUGUCUUAAAGUCAUGUAUGAUAAAAAUCUCAAUGGUAUUGCUUCCAGUCUAUCCUUCAUUAGAAAAAAUGUGUAAACUUUUUGUUACAAGCAGUAGUUUUACACAGAUGAGUAUUGUUAACUAAUCACUCAAAAAAAGUUUGAUAACUUCUAACACCAAAGCUGCUUUUGAGUGACUGUAAUAAACUAAAAAUGGCUUAGAAAAGUGAAAAUGGAAUAGAAGCUUCCUGUAUUUCACACAAGUUACUUUGCAGCUAUUACAACAUCUCUCAUUAAAAACAACUACAUUUGA